CCGAGGCUCUGCUCCGCGUCCCCUCCCUGCCGCCACCGGCCGCUCCCUUCUCCGCCUGUCCAUGUCUCUGCCCGUGGUGCUCCCGGGCUCCUGCUGCCCGGUGGCCGGGCUCGCGGGAGGGCCACAGGCCGGGGGCCCGGGCGCCGCGGCCACCGCCUCCCAGGAGGCGCCGCUGCCCCCGCUACGGCCGCGCUGGCCCCGGGCUGCGCUGCAGCCCCCGGGGCGGCCUCGCUGCGCGGCCAACGCCGCCGGCGUGCUGGCCGCGCCGCCCGCGCUCUCCUCCCGCCGGGCUGCGGCCGCUGCUGCGGCGGCUCGGGGCUCGGCACUGCUGCCGGCUCGCCCGCUCUUGUCGCUCGGGCUGCUGCAGCUGAUCCUGGGCUGCUGCAUGGUGGCACUCAGCUUCGGGGCGCUGUCGCUGAGCAGCUCCCCGCAGGUGAAGAACUCGUGCCCGUUCUGGGCCGGCUCCUCGGUGAUACUCUCUGGAAUCAUAGGAUUAACAACUUGGAAACGGCCUAUGAUACUCCUGGUCAACCUCUUUGUGCUGCUCUCUGUGGUGUGUGUCCUCCUGAAUUUAGCCGGAUUUAUCCUAGGCUGCCAAGGGGCCCAGUUCGUGUCCAGUGUGCCCAGGUGUGAUCUGGUGGACUUAGGUGAAGGCAAGAUUUGCUUCUGUUGUGAAGAAUAUCAACCAGCCAAAUGCACAGACAAAGAAAAUGCUUUGAAGCUCUUCCCAGUUCAGCCUUGUAGUGCUGUUCACCUUCUACUUAAGAAAGUGCUUUUCGCCCUGUGUGCCUUGAACGCCCUGACUACCACUGUCUGCUUGGUGGCAGCCGCCCUCCGCUACCUCCAGAUCUUUGCAGCCAGAAGAUCCUGCGUCGAUGAAUCCCAGAUUUCUGCAGAAGAAGUGGAGGAACACAGACGCAUCCCAGACCCCGAUGACUUUGUGCCUCCGGUGCCUCCCCCUUCCUAUUUUGCCACGUUUUACUCGUGUACACCCCGGAUGAACCGCAGGAUGGCGGGUCCUGAUGUUAUUCCACUGCCGCAUAUCUAUGGAGCGCGGAUCAAAGGCGUGGAAGUGUUCUGUCCUCUGGACCCCCCGCCUCCCUAUGAAGCUGUGGUGAGCCAGACAGACCAGCAGCAGCAAUCUUCAUUCCAAAUGCCAGAAGGAUCAGAAGUUGCCACCAGCCCAUUGGAACUGAUCUGCACGCCAGUGAUUCAAGGUGGGGACAUUCCUAACACACCUGGAGAAGAAAGGGCAUCCCUAUCAAUGCCCAACGCAAACCAGCCACAUGCCUCGAGGAGCCAGAGAGCCCUCCAACCCCUGAGGACAAGAUCCAAGAGUGACCCGAUGCUGCAUCAUUCCACAGAAAGAGCCGUCCCUGUGCUCAGCUGUGAAGCUGCGACCCAGACUGAGGGGAGACCAGACCUGGCUGCGGUGACCUUGAGGAGAGGGUUGAGAUCCCGAGCUUCACGAUGCAGACCGAGGUCUUUAAUAGAUUACAAAUCUUACAUGGACACCAAGCUGCUGGUGGCGAGGUUCCUGGAGCAGUCCUCCUGCACUAUGACCCCGGAUAUCCAUGAACUUGUAGAAAACAUUAAAUCUGUCUUGAAGUCCGACGAGGAGCACAUGGAGGAAGCCAUCACAAGUGCCAGUUUUCUAGAACAGAUCAUGGCCCCGAUGCAGCCCAGUGCCUCCAGGACCCCUGUGCUGCCCUCGAGAAGACAGCCUGGGCUGCUGCACCUGCGGAGCUGCGGAGAUCUGAGCACCUUUGUCCCGGUGGGGCGGCCCAGAGCCGAGAGGAGGCCCCAGCGAGUGGAGGCCGAGAGGCCGCACAGCCUCAUUGGUGUCAUCCGGGAGACUGUCCUGUGAACUUGCGGGGCCGGGGCGCCUGAGGAGCAGGAAGAACGGUGGGCCCUGGAAGGCAGAGAGCCUCUCCCAGGGGGCAAACCCCCUUCCUCACUCUAGUUUGCUGGCUGGGAGUUGGGGGCCUCCUCUGGGUUCUCCUCAGAAAGGGGGGACUCUCGGGAACAUUGCCUUCCCCUGCUCUUUGACUCCCCUUUCUGCUGGCUGAGGGCACUUGAGGGGGACGACAAGUUCUUGCCAGCCUGUGUGGCUUUUGGAUGUACCAAGUUGGAGGCCCGAAUGAAGCAGCAUCUCCUUUUCUGCUGGGCUGGCCCUGCUGUGGACGGAAACCGCUCAGAAUCCGGCGCGCUCCCCACCCCCACCCCCGACGCCCCCAGGGGGCUCUUCCUCACAGAGUUCUUUACCUCGACGGAGGGGCAGAACUGCCAGGCUGCUAUUUAUAGCUGUCUGUGGCCUUGUGCUGUCAAGUGAGAGAGGAACUUGACACAGAAGCAGGAUGGAAGCAGGAAGCACGGAAACAGGACGAUUAACCCCGAUCUUCUGCAGUCGUCAAGCCUCAUGCUAGGUCACUUUUAAAUCUCAUUCUCUUUAGGGAAAACAGGAAACUCGCUCGGUGGCAAAUUUUAAGGAAGCCCAUUUAGGGAGAAAAUUCUUAUUGAUUCCAUUUAUUCAUGCUUGCAAAAGUAGAGACGGCUAAGGCAGAACUGAGAAUAAAAACAUUUACCUCGGA